AUGUCGUCCCGCAAAGUCCGGGUCAAGAAACUCAGUGUCAAAACCGUCCUCCCGGUCCUCCGCGAGGGCCAGAUUGACCCCUCGGAGUACGAGACGCUCACGACCGACAAUCAAGUCGCCACCGGCGUCGAGCAAGCCGAGGAAAAUGAGUACCAUCUUCAAACCAUCCUCAAGGAUGCGGGCACCAGCAAUGACCAGGAAAUCCCGGUGCCGCCUCCGCAGGAGAGCGACAUCAACUAUGAUGACCUCUAUCCCAGCUCCUUUCACCAACCCUUCUCCUACAUCCGCUUCUCGCAGACCGUAGAGGAGUGCAUCACUUGUCAGUAUGACAUCACCGUCGAGGAUGACGAGUUCCUCAAGGUGUACAACGGUAAAUCUCCGACCGGUGGUCCCCUCUCGGAGGAUGAUUUUGAGUACAUGAUGGAAGUCUUCGAGGACACGGCGGCGGAGCAGACACCCUUCGCCUCCGUCGACAACACUGUUGUCCCGUAUGACGUCAUGGUGCCCGGGCUGAACCAUCUCGGUUCCGCCUCGAUCCUCGAGCACGCCAAAGCCAUCUAUGAGUAUUGGAGGACGAGGCGGCAGGGCUUGGGCAACAAGCCGCUGCACCCGAGUCUCAAGUUUGAGAUUCACCAAGAAACGGAUGACACGGAUCCCUUCGUCUGCUUCAGGAGACGAGAAGCAAGGCAAACGAGGAAGACGCGUGGCCGUGACGUCAAGAUUGCCGAAACUCUCAAACGUCUCCGCCGGGAGCUGGAAGACGGUCGCCAGGUGGUGCUGCUGUCGUACGAGCGCGAGGUCCAGAAGCGAGAGCUGCUGCAGCUGGACAGGGCGCUUUUCGAAGAGAGAGCCAGGCUGAAGCAGAUCAAGACCCGCUUGGGCAUCAAGGAUGCUGAUGAUGACCUCGUCAACGCAAAGGUAUGUGACAGCCGGUGCGUCCCCUUGAACCGCUCGGUGCUGAUUCGGCAAAAGCCCCUGAAGCGCAAGCCCGCCGAGCCGGCAGCGGCACAGCGGCCGGCAGGGACGCAGCUGCGGCCGCCCGUUCGCUCCGACGGGCGGACGCUCGAGCAAGAGCUGGUCCUCCUUUCCGAUCUGCUCACGCAGAAGGAAAAGGAGCUGAGGGAGGAGAUUGAGAGCAAAGUGCAGAACCACCGGAGGUGGAACCAGAACCACAUUGAUCUCACUCGAGAUCCUCUCUCGCCUGUCAAGGAACAGGGCACCGAGCUCAAGUUCAGGCCGGCCAUGACGCAGUACCUCAUGACACCGCCUGCGUCGACGUCGUCCGAGUCCAUGGAAGUCGACGACGACGCGGUCGAUGCCAUGGCCGUGGACAGGCCGGAUCCUCCCGUAUUCCACUUCAAGGCCGGGGACCUGGGCGGAGACCACGCGACGACGAAUCAGCCUUCGUUCCGGCGACGCAUCGGACGUCUGAAUCGAUUGUGGAUCGACCGACGGGGGUUGUCGACUCCUCCGCGAGAGGUGACCGAUUACUCGGACCGGUGGAAGUACGACUCUGACGAUGACGAGGUCGACCCGCCGGUGUACGAGGUCGAUCCAUUCGACACUCGUGCCUUGAAGUUUCGAGCGACGAUUCCUCUGGGCCAGUACAUGUUCCGAGCCGGUCGGCCGCAGGUGCCUCAGGAUGCCGCGAAUGCCGGUCCAGCUGGAAACAGAAUUCUGCCGCCACCACAGAUGCCGGCGGCGACGGCGGCAGUGGCACAGCCUCCGCAGGUCCAGGCGACGACGUCGUGA